CACUGAUGAACGUGACAAACUGCAUAGAACAGUUUCGACAGAUUCUAGACUUACCCACAGCUUUGACGCUUUUGGUUUUUUCGGCGGGCGCUUCCACGUUUUCAAACUUCGACGAGAAAAGAUAGGUUAAUGUUGAGUGGAAUAAGUUGUACUUAUACAAUUGAAGAUACAGUUGUAAGCCUUCAUUGUUUUUUCAAUUCCAGCAUUUCAUGGCUUGUUUCAGCUUCGUACCUCUAGCACUUCGUUCUCCCUGAUCUUCAACGAAAGCAGAAAAAUGUCGUCGUCUGUCGAGUCUUCAUCUAGCUCUUCCUCUUCUUCCACCAUUUGGCUGGAGAAGCACCGGCCGCAGACACUUGAAGAUAUCGUUGGGAACCAGGACUUCAUCCACCAACUUGAUGUGAUCCGGCGAGACCCGAGUCGAAUGACCAACUUCAUGCUCUGUGGGCCUCCAGGUGUAGGGAAGACUACCUUUAAGGCUCAACUUUCAUUGGUCACCAUUUAGAUUAAUUGGGGUCACCGAGAUCGAAGAGGGCCCCCUUGAGAGAACAGGGGGCGACUGAGGGAAAACACAGGAGAGAGAUGAGGGGUCCCUCCCGUUCAGAGUCAGUGACCAACGAAUGCUGACCUUUAAUACCUGCAUACAUGCACUUGCAAAGCAAAUCCUGGGACCGGAGUACUUCUAACGAUCGUAUUUUAAUGUCGCUUGUUGUGAGGAGCAUUUAGCGACGUUCUACUCUAGUUACAAUUAGUCGAUGGUGGUUCCGCGGAGAUGAAGGGGCUGCAAGAGCGUAUCAUUAUCUUGAUCUUAGUCUAGACCCGUUCUUUGCGACGCGGUGGAAGGCAUCGAAGUUAUUUGGAGAUUUUUUUCUACCACGACUUUCUAUUGUCUUCGACAUAUCACCCACCACCUCAGGCUAUGCAAGACUGCCGUCCUCGAGAUGAACGCGUCGGAUGAGCGUGGUAUUGAUGUUGUCCGAGAGAGGAUUCAUUCGUUCGCGCGCUCGAAGUUCAACCUGCCUCCAGGACUUGCGAAGAUAGUGAUUCUAGACGAAGUAGAUAGCAUGACUACAUCAGCACAGCAAGCAUUACGUGUCAUUAUGGAAGAAUACGCUCUGCAUACCAAGUUCGCGCUGGCAUGCAAUAUUAGUACGAAGGUAUAGUUACAACGACUUAUGGAAAUGUGUCUACGAACAACAUCUGAAGCACAGCCUAAGAAAUCUAAAGAACAUUUCCUUUUUUUAAUAUGUUGCCUGGUAUGAAAUAAAGUAUCCACAGCAGUUCUUGUUCUAGAGUAGAAGUUAUGUGCUCAGAUUUGGAAGCGAUUUCGUUGUCGAUUGAUUUUCAAUCGAUUUUGGAUUUGAUGAAGGUCAUCGAGGCGAUCCAGUCGCGUUGUGCUAUCUUGCGUUUUGGAAAGAUCAAAUCGGAAGAGGUAGAGGCAAGGCUUCGGAAAGUUAUCGCUAUGGAAGGUGUUCAGGCAGAGGAGGAUGGCAUACGCGCACUGAGUUUCAUUGCCGACGGGGAUAUGCGUAUUGCGAUCAACGGUCUACAGAGUGCCCAUGCGGGCUUUGGCCUAGUGAACCGCGACAAUGUCUAUCGUGUGUGCGACGUACCGAACCCGGUCAUCGUGAAUCAAGCCCUCCAAUGCAUUUCAAAAGCGCGGGCAGAUAUUGGCGUCGCAAAGUUGGUACGCCAUUUUUUGGAGAUACAUAUCUCGAUUUUGCUGGAAUGAAGCUUUUCCUCGUACUACCCUACGCAUCUCAAUAACUAAGAGUCGAUUAUAAGUAUAAUUGCUGUUCAUUGAGUUUGAGUUCUCCACCUAUUCGUCACUCGUAACAUUAAAAAAACUACCAGAACGGACUGGUGGACAAGGGAUACGCUGUUGAGCAUGUACUACAAGUUCUCGGUCGGUGCAUAAAGAGCUACGACUGUCCCGAAUUUCAGAAAUUCGAGUAUCUUCGCCUUCUCGCGGAAGCAAAUUGUAAAGCCGUUGAGGGAUGCCACAGCAGCAUACAAUUGGACUCGCUACUCACGAAUAUGUCUAUGGUGAGGGAUCCCGCGAUAAAUGGUGCCUAACGAGCAUUUUUUUCAGGGGACAAUUGUCUCCGGAAUUGUGUGUGAUCUCUGGCAAGACCAGUCGUACUUCAUCUUCUCCUAGUAGAAGUUGUUGAAAGUAGUUUGCGCGUCGUGUAGUAUUCGCAGUGUGGUAUAUGCGGUCAAACCAAUUAUAUCUAUCAUUGCCGCAUCAUUUUUCCCAAAUGCGCAACAGCCCAUAUCAUGAUCAAACCGCAAGAAGCAAGUCCACCCUUCUGUCUCUCCACUCGCACUCCAUUUUGACGAAAGCGAUCGCCGGUUUUUCGUUUCUCUACCCCCAAGGUUGCGGUUCGGUUGUGUCCAAUUCAGCAACAUUCAUCUUGCACAUCGC